ACUUGCAACUUGCAUCGCUUCUCAACUCCUCGAUUGACAUGACUUUGUAAUCCCUUGUGUGAUAACCCCAUUAUCAGCGUGACCAAUGUUACAUGCAAUUAAACGAGUCGCUAGUUCCCGCCGAGUAGGGGUCCACCCGCGACGCAAACUCCCAAGGUUCCGUAAUUGUAAUGUCGAAAAGCUUCAGCCCUGCCUGUCCAGCCUUGAGUCUCGAAGUUAUUACGUUGUACGACGAGUCGGUCGAUAAUUCGAGUGUGUGAAAGCAAAGACAAUUUUUCAAAGAAACGAACAAGCUUAUAAACGAGCGAAUCGGUCACGAAACCUUAGGCAUUCGACCCCUCGUCCUUCUUCCAAUGCGCCGUGGAUUACCACAUCGAUACCUAUCUACAUACCAAACGUUGCGCAUAGCUAUUCUUAGGCACUGCUGCCACUAAUAAUUCCUCGCGAUAAGAACGAUAAUACAUAGGACAUAAGGAAUAUAAAUAACAUACGAAGUAAAGGAAAGAGGAGAGAAGAGGAAACACCGCCAAAAUGUCCUUCGACCAACCCCUCCCCCCCUUCAACGCCUCGGACCCGAGCGCCUCCUUCCUAAGCACCUCGUGUCUGGACUUCCUCAUGAUCGAACUAGUACCUAUGGCCUACCGCGUCGCCAACGAACUAGACGACAGCGCUUCACCUUCCUCGCCUUCUUUAUCCCCACCUGCUGCUGAUGCGCCCGAGACGAGUUCAAAUGCAGCAACAGCGACAGGAACAGCGACGGGGGCGGGUUCGAGGAGGUUAGAUGAAGAUGAAGAACGUGAUGCUGUUUUUUACCGGCUAGAAACUUUGGGUUAUCGUGUUGGUUUAGGGCUCGUCGAGCGCUUCUCCCGCGACCGCCCCCGUUUCAACGAUACCCUCGACGCCAUAAAAUUCAUCUGUAAAGACCUAUGGAUGCUAGUCUUCAAAAAACAAGUCGACAACCUCAAGACCAACCACCGCGGCGUAUACGUAUUAACCGAUAACGCGUUCCGCCCGCUCGCUCGUAUGAGUGCUGAUGCCGGUGGACGAGCUGUUGUUCGGGCGCAGCCUUUCCUCUGGUUUCCAUGCGGUAUAUUGAGGGGUGCGUUAUCAGCCAUGGGAAUCGCUGCUACGGUACAAGCUGAGACAAGCGAAUUACCCGGCGCGAUUUUCCAGAUCAAGACUACGCCUUCAAAAUAGUUCCCUAGGCCAUCUUCUCAUCAUCAGUUCGACUUGGUUAUACCUAGCCAAGUUCGAGUCCCGGAUAUUACUGGUGAUUCAUAAAACCCAUCAGCCAUGCAAACAGUUUACACGCACAUUGUGUGUAUAUGGUCUCUAUGGAAGCGACCAUUAUCAUCAUGAUCAUAAGAGGUGAAUAGGAACGGCGUAAAUAAAAAAGGAUUAGGUGUUCGGUAUUGUUUGGAGUCUAGCAUUUAGAAAGUACCGGCGUUUAGGGUGUUAUAGUGGACUGAUAUCUACAAAUGAUGUUUUUGACGAGAUGAACCAUCCUCCAUUCCCGCACAAAUGUUCGUCUAUACCUAAUAUACCUCCAUCUCACUUA